CUGCCUAUUCUUUCUUCUUCUUUCUCUCAUUUAAUUAACAUACAAACUCCAAUAAAUUAUUCAUACUCUCUCAACAACAAAAACCCAAACCUCAAACCCCUUUUCCUUCUUCACACACACACAAACGCCACAUUUUCCCCUUCAUUUGUCAGCGUCCUCAUACUCAUCCAUCAUCAUAUAUGAUAUAUCACAUACAUAAUAAUUAAAUUAAAUUAAUCACCAUCAUCAUCAUCAUUAUUAUUACUAUUAUUAUAGACUCUUAUAGAUAAUUAUAGAGUUUGCAUAUAUAUUAUUAUUUUUAUUUAUACAUAUAGAGCUCUCUUAGUACCGAUACAUGCUCGCCGGCGAUGCCGACGCCGGUAAGCGCAGCGAGGCAAUGCUUGACAGACGAGGCGGCACGUGCUCUCGACGACGCUGUCGCGGCACUGCCGUCCGCUGUAGCCGCAGCCGUAACCGUCUCCCCGCGCCUCCAGCUGCGCGCCCUAGAACUCUCCGUCGGCGUGUCCCUCGACCGCCUCCCCUCCUCUAAACCCUCAUCGACCUCCUCCACCGCCGACGACGACGGACCUCCGGUGUCGAAUUCCCUCAUGGCGGCCAUAAAACGCUCCCAGGCGAACCAACGGCGCCACCCGGAUACCUUCCACUUGAUGCAAAUCCACAAUCACCAAAACCCUCAGUUCAAUCAAGGAACCGCAUCGUUUCUGAAAGUUGAGCUCAAACACUUCGUUCUUUCAAUCUUAGAUGAUCCAAUCGUGAGUCGCGUCUUCGGCGAAGCGGGUUUUCGGAGCCCCGACAUAAAACUCGCACUUCUUCAGCCUCCUAACCCUCCGCCUUCUUCCAGAAUCUUCUCAAGAACGCGCUACCCGCCCCCUCUCUUCCUCUGCAGUCUUGACUCGGGUCGACCCGGACCCGGUUUCUCUUCCGGGUUCCCAUUCCUGGACGAGAACUGCAGAAGGGUUGCGGAUAUUCUAACGCGGAAGAACAAGAGAAACCCUUUGCUUAUGGGUGUUUACGCGAAAACCGCGCUCAGAAGCUUCGUUGAGAUGAUCGAGAAGGGUCGUGGUGUUGCAAUGUUCCCACCAGAAAUGGCUGCGGUUAAUGUCAUCUCGGUGGAGAACGAGAUUCAAGAAUUCUUGAUUUCUGGCGCCAUGAGUGAGGAGAAGAUGGGGUUGAGGUUUGAGGAGUUGGGUCGAGAAGCCGAUCAAUGCUCCAAUGGUGGUGGUGUUGUUGUGAGCUUUGGGGAUGUUGCGGCUUUUGUUAAAGAUGGAGUGGAUAGUGGUGCUGUUGGGUUUGUUCUUUCGAGGAUAACGAGGUUGUUGUUGGACGGUGGUGGGGGUGGAGGGAAGGUUUGGUUGGUUGGGGUGGCGGAGAAGUGUGAUGCGUAUUCAAAGUUAUUGGGUUUGUUCCCAAAUGUGGAAAAAGAUUGGGAUCUGUAUCCUAUGACCGUCACGUCUGCUACACCUUCAAUGGAAGGACUCUACCCUAAAUCCAGCUUGAUGGGGUCCUUCAUUCCAUUUGGUGGGUUCUUUUCUACACCACCUGAAAUCAAAACUCCUGUAAGCUGUUCAAGUGCAUCUUUUGCGCGUUGUGACGAAUGCAAUGAAAAAUAUGAAGAAGAAGUUGCUGAUUUGAAGGUAGGCUCUGCUACUCUGCCAUCUGUUUGCUUAAGCUUUCCUUGGUUACAAAAUGCUGAUUUGAACUUUCAUAGAGGAUUGGAUUUGGCAAAGGUUAAUGAAGAAAGCACAAGUUUGAACGAGAGGAUCCUGGGUUGUCAAAAGAAAUGGAACGACAUUUGCCGUAAUCUUCAUCACACUAGAUCAGUUGAUAAUUCUCAAACAAGACCUCAAGCUCCAUCACUUGAGGGUUUACGGUUUGGCUCUGGGUUUACGGAAAGCGGCAGUAAAGAUCCAUCACACAUAGAAGUCCAAUAUUCUAAUCAAACUUCCUACCUACCUAGAGAGCCGCCUAGUAUUUAUCCAUUGAAACAGUUGCCAUCUGUUCCGGAAUCUUCUGAUACAGCCAGUAUCAGUACCGGAACUGAUCAUGUACUGAAAUUUUCAGGGAUUCAGUUGACUGAUGUGCGGAUGCCAUGGAUUGCCCCUUCCUCUAUGGCCAAUACAAGUCUUCUUGAUCACAGUUCAUCUUCAUCCCUUACACCUGUGACCACAGAUUUAGGAUUGGGCACAAUAUAUACAUCAGCAGCUCAAGAGCCAGAUACCCCAAAACUACAGGAUCACAAAAAGCAUCUUCCAAACUUGUCGGAAUCUCUGUCAAUUGAUUUUUUUGAUGCCCCAAAUGAGAAUGCUUCACACCAAACACCUAGAUCUGCUUGCUCUUUUCCAAAUUCAGAAGGAAAUUUUGAUUCGGUAGAUCUCAAAUCUCUAAAUCAACUUCUUGCUGAAAAGGUUGGCUGGCAAGAUGAUGCCAUCUAUGCAAUAAAUCGAAGUCUGUUCCUUUGUAAUUCUGGUGCAGGAAAACGUAAAGGCUCCAGAGCUGGCAUAUGGUUUGCUUUCCUUGGACCAGAUAGGAUCAGCAAAAAGAAAAUUGCUGCAGCUCUUGCAGAGAUUAUAUUUGGAAACAGAGAAAAUCUAAUAUCCGUAGAUCUAAGCUUGCAGGACAGGUCUUUCUCAUUGAACUCUGUUUUUGAUUGCGAAAUAUCACAUUGUCAUGAUGCGCUGAGAAGGAAGACUGUUGUGGAUUAUAUUGCUGGGGAGUUGAGUAAAAGGCCACUUUCGGUUGUUUUUCUUGAUCAUGUCGAUAAAGCUGAUUACCUUGUGCAGACUAGUUUGUCACAGGCGUUAAAAACAGGUAAAUUUCCAGAUUCUCAUGGAAGGGAAAUCAGCAUCAACAACAGAAUCUUUAUAGUAGCCUCAACUGUCAGUAAAGGUAAUAGUAAUAGCUCUUCUAUAUCCGAGGGAUCGAAAAUGUUCUCUGAGGAAAGAAUCCUUGAAGCCAAGAAAUUUCAAAUGCAGCUAAUACUUGGACAUACUGCAUCUGAGGAUGCCAUAAAAAGGGGUAUCACAAAUGUUCAGGUUAUUCGUGGAAAAGGGUCCUCCAAACCACCAUUUCUUAGCAAAAGGAAGCAAGCUGAUACUAAUGACUCCAAAGAGGUGGGAAACACAUGCAAGAUGCAGAAACAGGUCAGGGAGAAAUCAAGAUCCUAUCUGGAUCUAAACAUGCCUCUAAACGAGGCCGAAGAAUGCAUCAAUGACAAUGACAACGAGAUGGAAAACUCAGGAGCAUGUUCCACUGAUAUCUGUAAUCAAAUUGAAGAAAAAGUGUUAUUUAAGCCAUUCAAUUUUGAUGCACUUGCUGAUGAAUUGUUGAAAAGCAUUAGCACACAAUUCCAGAGAGCAUUUAGUUCAGAUUUUCAGCUGGAAAUUGAAUAUGAUGUAAUGGUACAGAUUCUUGCAGCUGCAUGGUUAUCAGAGAAGAAAAAUGCAGUGGAGGAUUGGAUUGAACGUGUUCUUGGAAGAGCUUUUGCUGAAGCCAAACAGAAAAAACACAGUGCAUCACCAUCUCAGUAUGUGAUGAAACUGGUCAACUGUGAAUCCAAUUUUGUGGAAGAGAAUGCUCCUGGUGGAUUGUGUCUUCCUUCUAGAAUUAACCUCAACUGAAUUUUUUGCUCACUAUGACAGGCUCUAUUAAAAGUAUUUUGUAAUUACUUGUAAAAUGUAGGCUUUUAGGAUGUGUAGCUUUUUGUAAUUGCCAGCAUUGUUCGGCUCAUUAAUCUCUCAAUUUUUGUUGUUUGGUGCAAAAAGAAUGUAUAAUAUCCGUAGUGUACCUUCUAUUUUUUUUCC